UUCAAUGCAAUCUGUUCGAAAUCUGGAAAUCUGAAAGGCACAUCUUCAACAGAAUCACAAGAGUCAUUGCCAUCGGAAUCGCUAUCGCCAGCUCUUAAAUCAGCUGAUAUGGCACCUGUGGCUGAUAAUGCCCCUGCGGCUAACAUAAUAACCACUGAGAAAGGUCACUGCGAUAUUGAGCCAAAAGUGGUGGUUUUAGGUAUGCCCCCUAAUGUGGCGCUCAAAACGGACAGCAAUGUGGAUAAAAUUAAUAAAUCUAGUGAGGUUCAUACGGAUUUGAGUGAGCCGAAAAUAUCAGAGAUGCCCACAGCACUGAAUUUCAAUGCGGAAGAUCGCGCAAAGUUAACAUUUGAGGAUGGUCUUAUACCCACAUUAACAGCUGCCAUAAAUGAGCACGAGAAUCGUGAAAAUGUUCCAGUAAAAGAUGAGUCCAACAGCAAACCAAAUCAAAACUUGCAAGUACACAUCGAACCUGAUACGGCCACCUCAUCGGAUAAUGAAACUUUCGCAGAAUGUCAAUCAUACCAAGCAUUGGAUGCUAAUAAUGAUUAUGGAUUUAUAGCUGAUGAAUAUAGUUUUGAAAAUUCCGAAAUUGAGUCGUACUUUAGUGCCGCUAAUUCGAGAAAUGUAACUCUUACAAAUGUAGCGGCAGAUCCUUUAAGUUUACCUAUGAAUAAAUUGCCAGAGCAAAGUGAAAGUGACUUGCAGUCAAUGCUAUCUGCAUUGAGCAGUGAUGAAUUGUUAACACAGCAAACUGUCAAUCCAUUAGACGUCACUUUUGGCGACGAGCCUAUGGAUGUGGAUGUGAGUUUUGCCGAAAUAAUUGUUGGAGGCAGUGAAUUGCCUAUUAACAAUGGAAAUAUAUUACCAUCUGACACAACCAGUGUAGAAAAUGUGGUUGAAACCAAGUCUGCUGCUGCAGAACUUGAGUGUCAGCAAGUGAACUCUACAGAGAUGGCAACAAAUAACACAGAUCCAAUCGAUAUUUUUGAAAAUGAGGCAGGGUAUGAAACAACACCAUCUCAUAUUGUUGUACCACUAAAUAAAAGUUUCGAAAUACCAACUUCAACAACAGAAAUAACAGGAACCCCUUCGCAGGCAAUUGCCGAUAUGACGCAGUCAACUGUAGCUACAACAUCCGCAAAUACCAGUCAGAAUCCUAUUGAUGAGUACGACGUAAAAAAUUGUACUACCGAAAGUAAACUAGAGGUGAAUAAGUCUUUAACGGGUUCGCACAAUGCUUUGAACUUGACAAACGAUAUGAAUUCUUCAACAAGUAGCUGUAAAAGCUCAGCAUCCUCCCCGAGCUUCCCCAUCAAGCACAAGGGAAGCUCAUCCAAACAAUUUCCGCGCUCUCCCACUGCUACUGCAGCGAAGAGUAUGCCGUUUUUGGAGAAAUCCGAAUAUACGGAACGCAUCGAAAUUGAACGGAAGAGAUCAACAGCAAGUGAGCCAAAAUUGGCUUUGUGCGGUUCUCGAAAAACAUCAACGGCUGAUGAAAAAACCAGCGCAGGUCGCAAAGUCAGCAAAUGACCAUAACCCCCCAUUAGUGCUAACGUGCAUUCAACUCUGACCCCCAAUGAAAAUAAUUCAUCCACUGUCGGGGAGAUAAAUUUUGAACACAAUAGCACAUUUGAUGGCAGCGCAAGCGUUGCACCUUUAAAAGAAGGUAAUUUAACUGACAGCUUUGAUAAACGUCGUACCUUCACUGUAGCAGCUAGUGUCCCAGAAGAAACAGAGAUCCCUGCACAAAAACAAGAUAGUGAGAGGGAUAAGAGACGCACAUUUAACAUGCCAAGCUCGGAGAACAAGGAAGACCCAAAAACCAAUAUAUCCGAGGCUGAAGAUAAGCGUCAUACCUUCAAUUUAAAAACGGAAGAACCACAGGCAAAUACAUCUGAAGCUGAAAAUAAGCGCCGGACCUUCAAUUUAUCUGUACCUAUGCCCAUAUCUAAUACCGCAAACAAUAAAGAUGUGAAUAUACCUAUGGAUAUAGACUACACAUUGCCUCCAGUUUCAACCACUGCUGAUAACGAUAUGGAGACAAAACAAGCGCAAACACCAAACCAAUCACCCACAACGACAGUUUAUGGUUCACCUCCAAUACCUACAAUACAAAAUCGCACCACGAAUGCACCACUUCCAUUAGUGGCAUCACCACCAAUACCAACUUUGCAGAAUCGCCAAGGCCACGAGGAGACUUCAAAUGUGCCAAUACCAGCAGCACCAACCAAACCUCCAACGCCCAAACUUCAUAUGGAUGAUGAUGCUUUUAAAGUGCCUCUACCGCCGUCACCAGCAUCAUCCACUGCUUCGCCACCCAUGCCUGCUAUACAAAAACGUCCCUCCAUACAUGCAUACAAGAAUGUAGAAGAUGCUGGAGUCGAAGUUCUAUCAGCAAAGGAACAAACCAAACGUGAUGCCAGUGAUGAGAAGGAUGUGGUUGCUGGAUAUUGUACACCUUCGCCCAUGGAAGAGCAGCCAUCUUCAACAAGCACUUUUGGUAGCUUCGGCGAGAGCCCAUAUGCGGGUGUAGAUCAGCAAGAAUUUGAAAGUGAGGAAUUCCAAAAUGGCAACAAUAUAUUUCUGAAUCCAUCCGACUUUGAUUAUCUACUUACAAAAGGCAAUAACAGCGCGCCAAUUGAUCGUAGUUCGAUUUUAUUGAAAUUCGAUCCAUUACUCGGUGUGCCAGUACCUGCAAAUCAAAUCCAACAACUACCAGCAAAACAAUCGCCACAAAUAUUCCAAUUGCUGGGCAAUAAUCUAGCCAAUCUAGGUCCUACAAUCGAAGAGGACGAACACUCAUCAUCGGCGUCCUUAUCAUCGAAUAGCAAUAAUCAAUCCUUUGUUGUUGAGGCAGAAAAUAAGCGUAUAUCGCUCGGUCUUAACCUACUGAACGAAAGCUGUGCCAACGCGAAGCAAACUUUUACUAAAGUUUCAACUGAAAAACAGCCAAUUAAGGAACAGAAGCAACAACAGCAGCAAGUAGUAAAUUCAAAGCAUGCCAGUAUGAGUGUCGACGUGAUUAAGGAUAUGAAUAUCGAUAACGAUUGCAACAAAUCAUUUGAAAAUUCCAACUCACAAACCGAUGAGAAACAAAUUAAUUACAAGAUGGAUGAACUCGAGAAAAAAAUUAAAAAUGAAGUACUCAAAACAGAAGAUAUCGAAAAGAAACUAAAAGAAGCUGAGCAACGGGAGGAGGCGUUAAUCAAGCGGAUAACAGAAAAAGACAAAACAAUAACAAAAAUGACCGGUGUUAUUGAAGCAUACGAAAAAGCGAUUGCUGAGCUAAUCGCCGAGAAAGAGCAAUUAAUACAAAGCUACGAGAAACAACUGGCGGAGGUGAAGGCGGAUCGCGACUCAAAUUAUCAGCAUCUCACAUCUCUCGAAACGACAUUUGCCGAUCUGCAUGUUAAAUAUGGCAAAAGCAAGGAGAUGACACUACAGCUGAAGUCAAACGAAGAAGCUUUGGUGGCAGAAAAGCGACAAAUACAGGAAAAUUUGCGAUUACAAGGGCAGCGUUAUGACAAAAUGAAGAAUCAUGCGAUGCAACAGCUGGAAAUUGCCAACAAAAAGCUUGAAUCGCUAACCAAGGAGCACAAUAUCGAAACGACAAAACUGAAAGCAUUGCUCAAAAAAGAGGAAAUAUCACGAGCCUCAAUCAACGAGCAGCUGCAACAGAAGUCGCGAGAAAAUGCGGAGUUGGUUAAGAUAUGUGAUGAACUAAUUAAUGGACAAGGAAGUUAAGUGGUUUGAACGCAAGGCGCCCCCCCAUCAAAAUAUAGACGUCAGCACAGCGACCUAUCCACAGUUCUGUCGCAUAGUUUUUGUUGACGUGCAUAUAUGUAUGUACAUGUGUACUCUCGCUCGAUGUACUAUGUGUUUAUUGUAAUUGUUAUGUAAGGCCAAAGAGCGAGCGAAAUGGGGCAUUACAUUACAAUUAACAGUUAGUUAACGUUAUUUAAGUUGCCUGAUUAGCAUGCAAUGACGGUGGUGACCCGUUGCGCUUAGGAAAUGCAUUCAUUCAGUGCGCAGUCAUUCACAAACGUCUGUGUGAUUAAUUUAAGAAAUUGCUCUCAUUUUAAAUAUAAACUAUAGUUAUUAGAAUUUUUUUCACUCAUUACUCUCCAACGCUUACAUUCACAUCUAAUUUUCUUCUUUUUUACUUCUUUGCUACAUAUAUAGUAAUUGUUAAGUAAUUUUUUGUAUGAAAAUGGAAAAGGAAUAUGUAAGCAAAUGCAUUUUAAAACAACUGCAGAUAACUUCAAUCAGAAAACAAUAUACAUAUAUACAGACAUUUAAUCAUAAAUAUUACCUCGGUACAUAGUAAACAUACGUGGAAGGAGGCAUAUAAAAAAUAAAAUGAUUAUAUGUUAGUUAUUGUAUGUAAUGUAGUUGUAACUGUAUACGCUCUUUACAAUUUGCUUAGGUAUGCUGUGAAUCUACUAAUAUGAAUUUCUCUCUUCAAGGAAAACUAACUGUAAAAUCUCUUUAAAUCGUAAUUUGCUUGUUAAAAUCAAAAUGUUAAGAAUUAAUUUAUACUGAACUGUAUUAAUACGUAGGCAGUUAAAUCGCUUUUAGUUUUCUACAUCCACCAACCGAGACUAAAAUAGCAAAUAAUUGAAAAAUAAAAUCGAAAUAAUUUAAAAGUAAUUGGCAUUUUAUAAAUGCGCUUAUAAUUAUUUUAUUCACUUUUUUGGAUGCCAAACACAUUUUGCUCGAAUAAAACUUGGCAUAUAAAAGCCGAAAAUAAUGGAUUUAGAAUUCAUACAAAAGUAUGGAUCCUUGUUCGUAACCGCAUGCUGCCGCAUAAGUGCAGAGAAACGUUAUCUUUUAUUUCUAAACUAUAAUUUAUGGAAGUGUUCGAAUCUAGGGCCUAAAUCGGAAUUUUACCCAAAUGAACAUUUACAUCAGUUAUAGCUAAAAAUAAUACAAUAGGCCUUUGGUUUGCAGUAAAUAUCGCAGUAAUGCAUUCACGAGCAAGGGAUUAUAAGAGCGCUGGCAUUGUAUUGAAGCAAUAUUCUAGAUUUUUUUAAAUGUGUUCAUCGAAUAAUAAUAAUACUCUGCACAAUUUGCAAGCUCUGCUAUAAGUAAUGCCCCACAUGGAGGGAUUUGGUACGUGCAUUGCAUGCAGCUAAUUUGAUUUGCGCACAAUUACUUUUUGCUGCUGUAUGCUCGUAUUCUCAAACAUUACAAUUACAAACAGUAACUCAUUAUAUACACGCUAUGUAGUCGAAUGAUUUUUCAGCCUUUAUUUUAAAAGCUAUUUUGUGGAAUGUUUCGCUUUCAAUUUUAUCUAAGAAAAAUGAAAGCAGUGUCAUAGCAGCGAACAUUUCCUGGUAGCGGUGGUAUUAAAUUAAAACUUUACUACAAACAUGCUUUCUUGUUUAUACUCGGUGCUAACUCUGCAUCCAUCGUAGGUUCGAGCAUUGGAAUUUAUAAUCUGUAUACUAUGGAUCAGUACUAGCGCCGAAUGUGCAUGAAAAUUCAUAAAAGUAGGCACUCGACCUACAAAUCGCCAGUCAAACACAUAAAUAUCGUGGUUAUCAAUGCAAAAGGCAUAUUUCGUUAGUUUGCUUCCGUGAUGUAUGUACUACCAUAGAAAAAUUCAAAUCCCAAUCUUAAAAAUUACGGGAUUUAUGGUUAAUAGCGCGUAUUUUCAUUGAUUAUGAUAUGUUCUGCAUGUAUUAUAUCUGCAACAAAACAGAACGGAUUGAAUGCUGCAAUGCCGCGCUGCUAUUUUUUGUUUAACUUGUUAAGUUGACGUUAUUUCUUAGUUGCUAUAUUUAAUAGAAAAUAUUUCUUUUUACCUUUCGUUGCAAUUGUUGAUUACAAAAUAUCUAUUCUCAAACGUAUGUAUAAUUUUAAGAUCAAUGCUAAAAUUUAAAAAUAUCUUCCAAAUACAUAAUUUACAACGCAUAAACAAGAAAAAUUUAAUCCUUUAUAAAGUUAUCUUAAUAAAAAAAAUUAACUACUUUAUUACUCUCGAAACUUGCACACACGCACACACAGCAGGUAAAAUCCAACAUUAAAUCGUUUUUCUACACUUGUACUUACUUACAUAUAAUAGAGCUGAGAACGAUCGUAUCUACCUUUCUAUAAUGCAAUUCGUUGCAAUUUAUAUAAAGUAAUAAAUACAAGUGGAAUUCGUUCUUGGUUGGCAUUGCAUAAAUGGCCCCUUUCGUUAACUCAUCUCAUGCUGUAGUAUUAAAAUAUGUAGAAAUAAGAUACGUAAUGAAUGCGUUGCUUAUCAAUAAUCAAAGAAUAUCGCAUCCAUUUGCCUCGAAACCAAAAUAAUUAAACUUCACUCAAAAUUCUGAUUCUGGCAAAAUUAGUGCAAAAGAAAAUUAAGAAUCAAAAACAAAUAUUUUUUUAAGAAACUAACCUUUAUAAGAAACUAAAUACAUAUGCAUUCGUACACAACUGCAUACAACCAUACACACCUACAUAAAUACGUAUAAUUCAAUAUAAAACAAACUCUUCUAUAAGAUUUUGCAUCAAUCCACUUAUGUUACUUAUGGAAUGUUUUUGGGUUGAUGGCUGUGAGGUGCAGAGUCUAUUUAUUCUCUUGGCAAUCGUACGGGGUGAAGAAGUGUGGCAGAUGAAGGGAAAAUGACUUGUAUUUAAGUAUUAAAUAAUGAAGAAAAAAUACAAUAUACAUACAUAUAACUGAAUUGCACAUUGUAGUUGAUCUAAGAGUGACAUACAUACAUAAGUUUAAAGAGAAGUUGAUUUAACCCUGAAUGAUAUUAUAAAUCAUAAAGAAAAUAUAAUAUUAAUAAAUACUUAUAUACAAUGGAAUAUAUA